GAAGACAGAGGAAAAAAAAUCCCCACGAUGGACCCUUUAAAGUUGAUCUUUUUGUUUUCAUGGUGCUUUUAUUUGGCAAGUCCAAAUGAUUUGAGAUCAGAAGGAGUUAAAAAUUUCACCCAAAGUGAUUUGGCAAGUGCAAACGAUUUGAGAUCAGAAGGAGUUAAAAAUUUCACCCAAAGUGGGGAAAUACUCGGAGGAAGUGCCACCCUCUCUAUUGAAAUUGAAAACAUGAAGAGACCGGCUGUGUGGUAUUGUGGCAAUAAGAGAUACGAGUGCGAUAGAUCAUGUGCCAAAGGUACUGAAUUUCAAGUGAGUCAGAGUGGCAACAAGUCUUCUCUUUGGAUGAGGAGAAUAACUAACAAAUGUUUGACUUGGAAAUUUCUAGACGACAACGUCGAAGGAGGGAUAUUUCAUCUGAAAAUAAACAAUUCGACAAGAAUAGAAAUUUAUAAGAUGACCCAAAACGCACCAGUUGUAUUAGGAAAAAAUGCUACUAUUCAUAUCGAAUCAAGCUUGAUUGGAACACCAGUUUUGUGGGUUAACGAGUUUAAUUAUCUUCAAUGUGUAGAUACUUGUGAGAAUAAAGGAAAUUAUGAAGUUCAUUACAAGGGUAACAGCUCAACUCUUUUGAUCCAUAAUGUCACUGAACAAGAUUUGACUUGGAGUUUUUGUGACUACUAUUUCUGCUCAGAAAGUUAUACUUUGGUGAUGAAAGAUGAAGAAACAAAAGGUUUGGAAGCUAAUGGAUCAAGAACCAGCAUACAUAUCUAUGUCGUCAUUUCUGUACUUGGUCUUGUAGCCAUCUUCAUAAUCUUCUGUAUCAUAUUCAAAUGCCAACCUUUCAUUUGGAUCAGGAACCGUGUCAACAAGUGGAUAUCUCGCAAGAGAUACAAGAAUCCACCGGCUACAGCCUACUGGGUUUGAAGCUAAUGGAUCAGGAACAUGCAUAUCCACCUAUGCCGUAGUCGUGGAGGUGCAAUGGCCCAGUGGUUAAGGCAGUGGACUCGCGGUCAUAGGAUUGCGGUUUUGAUUCCCAGACCAGGCGUUGUGAGUGUUUAUUGAGCGAAAA